CAACUUUGUAACACAAAAAUCUGACUAUGGAGCUUAUCAGAAAAGAUAUGGGAUUUACGGCUAUAUAGUCAUCCUGGUGUUUUCAUUAUUAAUACAUCUGCCUUUUCUUGUAUUUUCAAUUCAAAAUAAUGUGAGUAGAGAAGAUUUCUUGAAAAAUAGGGAAAAUGAAGAUAAGGAAAUGCCGUACCGGCUUACAAAAAUUUUUUAUACGAGCUUGGGGUUAGGAAUCCUCCAUCUGUUUUUCUUGGUAACGCUAAUUGCAGUUAUUAUAUGGUUCAGAAAAACUCAAGCUGUUAUUAGUAGAGGGACUGUUUUUUUAUGUCACCUAUGUCUUUCAUUAAUAGGUGCAAUAGUUAUCUCUGUAUAUUACACCAAAACGCGAAUCGAUCAAGUAAGCAAGAGUAAUAUCGGGGAUGCGAAAAAUACUAGUUAUAAGGUAGCCAUAUUACUUGCGUUCUUUUUUGGGAACUAUCUUUCGGCUAUUGCAAUACGAAUGCGUUUAAUUUAUGAAAUCUUUUAUUCAAAGUCUAAAAGAAGCUUUCAUCCUUUGUUAAAUCAUUUUAAAUACUACUAUAUAGACUUGGUAAUAUACGCUGUUGCUAUGCUUCCGGCAGCAUUAAAAAUUUAUGGAAUUGUUUCAAGAAAAUUGCAGGUGGUCGGCCCUUUCCUCCUCAUUCCAAUCUACUAUUCCCUUGUGAUCGGCUUUUUUACAUACAAGUGUCGAAAUAUAGCCACAGAGUUUUCUGAUUACCGCACAAACUUACGGUCUUCGGGGUACUGCUGUGUCGCCUUUCUAAUAGUUAUUAUAAUUUAUAAAACGGUGAAAACUUUAGUGGCUGCUACAGUUUGGCAAAUGGCAAUAGAGUCUAUCGGACUUGUUUACGGUUUAGACUCCCUCCUUGAAUUAACAUUUUUAGAACUUUCUAAAAGAAAAAGGGCUCGUGAUAGAGAAAAAACUAGGGGUGGAACUAACGGGUUGUCAAAAAAAACUAGUUAUACUUAA